AUGACUAUGGUGCCUCUCUAUCUCCCCGGCUACACCACAGCGUGCCUCGUGGCAGCACUGCCGGCCCUACUCUAUGCCCUCCACCGAUUCCUCCUCCCGAGUCCGUUCCCCAACAUCCCUUAUGACAAGGAUGGCGCGCGCAGUCUCUUUGGCGACCUCCCCGCCAUGCUCCGCAAGGGAGGCCAGGCACCGCUCGACUGGCUCAUCACCCGCGCCUACGCCAGCGGCGCCGGACCCCUGAGCCAGGUCUUCCUUGUGCCCUUUGGCAGGCCCGUGCUGCUGCUGAUGGACUUCCACGAGAGCAGCGACGUCAUGAUGCGCAGGAAAGAGUGGGAUCGGUCGGACUGGUCCAUUGACUUUCUCAAGGGCAUCCUCCCCAAACACCAAAUCAACCUCAAGACGGGCCCCGAGUGGAAGGCCCACCGACGUCUGUUGCAGGAUCUCAUGAGCCCGAGCUUUCUCUAUGACACGGCCGCGCCCAACUUGUACCGCAGCGUGGAGAAGCUGGUCGCCUUGUGGCAGUGCAAGGCGGACAUGGCCCAAGGCAAGCCGUUUGACGCGGCGGAAGACGUCUUCUUCACCGCGCUGGAUGGAGUGAUAGAGUUUGGAUACGGUGAGGGAUUCAGCCAUCGCAGCAUCGAUCCGCAGCUGUCGGCGCUGCGUGACAGCAAGACGGCCACUACCACCGUGUGCCAACCCGCAACGAGAGACGGACAAGCCGUGGUGGAAUUCCAGCAGGCGCCCGUGGACGACACUAUCAUGGCGCUCCUGCAUUCCGCGGAUGCAGUCAAAGAAGUUGGACAAUGGCCGUGGCCUCGCCUUGGUUGGUGGUGGUACUGGUCCAAGCCGUCCGCGCGCAGAGAGCGCGCUCUACGCCAGAGCCUCAACAAGCACCAGGUCGAGUUGGCGGUGCAGAGGAUGCAGGAGCAGAAAGACAAGAGCGGCAGUUUCCGCUCGGCGGUGGACUGCAUGAUGACUGGAUUCAUUAUCGCUGGCCACGACACCACGAGCACGACGAUAUCAUGGGGUCUGAAACUUCUGGCCGAUCACCCUGAAGCGCAAAGCCGCCUUCGCGAAGCACUGAGGGACGCACAUGCAUCUGCCGUUCAGGAGCGACGCGCGCCCACGCACAGCGAGAUAUCCAAGGCGAGCGUGCCCUUGCUGGAUGCGACAAUUGAGGAGAUUCUCCGUCUAGGCGGCACCACAACCUUCCUGGAGCGCCAGUGCAACAGCGACACGACCCUCCUCGGCCACCACGUUCCAAAGGGCACGUUGCUGAUCAUGGCCCAGCGUGGUCCUAGUAUCACCGCCCCGAGCCAGACAAAGAACGCCAGCAAAUCGUACGGCUCUGACCAAGCGGCGGGAGGUUCCUACCAAGUCCCCAACUGGAACGAAGAUGAUGUUGGCCUGUUCAAGCCAGAGAGGUGGCUGACCAAGGACGACAAGGGGGACAUGGUGUACGACAGCCAGGCCGGGCCGAUGCUUUCCUUUGGAGCAGGGUUGCGAGGCUGCUUCGGACGGCGACUGGCCUAUGUGCAGCUCAAGCUGCUCGUCACCAUGCUCGUGUGGCACUUUGAGUUCCUGGCGUGCCCAGAGGCGUUGUCGAGCUAUGCGCGGGUCGAGGGGCUGACGCAGAAGCCAGAGUACUGCUAUGUGAGGCUGCAGAGGGCGGUCUAA